AUGGCAGUUGGUAUGCUCUUAGGCUCCCUGGCCUGUGUUGCAAACAUGCAUUUCGGUCUACAAAUAGGAAUCACAAGUACCAUGCCAGCACCCAUGGCCUUGAUGUCUUUUGCCAUCUUCCGUGCCCUGUCCCCAUGUCUCCGAGAUACAUUUUCGCCAACCGAAAACGCCGUGGUCCAGACUAUAGCUUCGUCUAUUGCGGGAAUACCCAUGGCAGCAAGUCUGUUUAGUAUAAUUCCAGCGUUUGAUUUCCUCCGAAACCCCCAAGAAGGUGGCAAGCGUCAUUUCUCCUUUUUCGAACUAGCUUUAUGGUCAAUAGGCGUGUCCCUCUUCGGCAGCGUUUUCUCUGCGCCUUUUAGAUAUCACUUCCUGCGACGACUACGGUUACGGUUUCCCGGCGGUUAUGCAACCGGUGUUCUGAUUGGGAUCCUACAUCAUGAUCGAGAAACUGCUAGAAAUGCGGAGUGGGAUAGGUCCAGUUGUGAACCUAAUUCAAACAACCAGUCCAUCACAAAUGCCGAGAAUGACGCUCUAGCAGAUAUCAGAGAGCAGUCAAGCAGAGAUUUGGUAUCAAAGAUGAUCAUCUUAUCUAAAGGGUUCCUCGGUGCCGCUAUAUGGGUUCUAGUCUCUUGUCAUUUUCCCUUCCUAAAUGAACUCCCGAUAUUUGGUUUGACCGCUGCUCGAGACUGGAAUUGGUUCAUCACUCUGUCUCCAGCAUUCACUUCUCUGGGCAUAUUAUUAGAUUUGCCGGUUGCCUCUUCCAUGUUUUGUGGCGCUAUCAUAGGUUGGGGAAUUCUUUCCCCAAUUACGAAAACCUAUGGUUGGGCACCGGGACCCAUUGAUGACAUGGAAAAUGGCAUUCGAGGAUGGCUUGUUUGGGUCAGCAUGGCAUGCUUACUUGGCGAUGCCUCCAUCCGUAUAAUCCAUGGAGUGGUCAUGCUGUUUUUACAGUUCCGCGCAUGGCGUCGAUCGAGUCUUCCUUCGUCAAGAUCGGUUCCGCAUACGUUGUCGCCAUCUCUCGGAAAUAUCACUGGAGAUGAAGAAGAGAAUCGAAGUCGGCAGUCAUUGCUUGAAGAACACUCUUCGUUCACGAAUGACGAUGCUCCUGAUAUUAACAUAGAAUCCAACGCUAUCCCGAACGAUGAUGUUGUUACAAAUAAGUCUUUGAUGUUUUGGUCUUUGGGCUCUACGUUUCUUUGCGUCGUUUGCACAUAUGCCGUUUUCAAGCUUGAGACAUCUAUCUAUGCGGAUAUUGCAGCUAUUGGAGUUGCAAUGCCAUUAUGUCUGAUUGUUAUUCAGUCUGCUGGUGAGACUGACACGAUACCCUCCACUAGUCUCAGCAAUGCUUGCCAAUUCCUGUUCGGCCUAAUAAUCUCCAAAUCCAAUACGAGAAAUCUUGCAUCAAUGGUUCUUGGAGGAAUAACCGAGGCUGGUCUAUGGCAGUCGGCCGUUCUCAUGACGGACUUGAAAACCGCUCAUCUAGUAGGAGCCUCUCCUAGAAUUAUGUUCCAUUCCCAGCUGUUCGGGUCAGCAGUUGGGGGUUUGAUUAGCAGCGGUAUCUAUAAAUUCAUGAUCGCCCAUGCAUACAAUGACAGGAUUCCCAGCCCGUCCAUGCCAGUUCCCCUCGCUUACUUAUGGGUUAACACAGCUCGACUAGUUGAUGAUAGGCAUCUUCCCCCUGGUUUAUCAUUAACCCUUCCUAUCGCUUUUUCUCUAUCGGCUAGUCUUGGCCUGCUUCGACUGCUGGCAGGAAACGAGAAUUGGGGGAAGUGGAUUCCUAGUGGGAUUUCUUUAUCCAUAGUUGAGAAACGAUGCAAACUUGUCCGCUUGGAACUAGGGAUCUUGAUGCUCAAGAGUAGAACAGAGUUCAUUCUCUUCUCAUUCUGGGGCGGGACUACAGCUUCAAAUCGCAACAAUUCCACACGGCCACGCCUAGCCAUUAGUUCGGGCGUAGUAUAUUAUUCGGUUAGGGCAUACCGCAGACCUGCCAAGAUGUGGUCUGUGCGGAGCUCCUCCAGGCAUCGCGAGUUCGCAACUCCGCAAGAGCUCAGGAACACACUGUGCGCACAGCCCAGCUUUAGAAGAAUGGACCCGACAAAUGAGACUGGUUUGAGCAAGGUUACUGUGUCAUGCACAGACCCCUUUGGACUAUUUCCAGAAAUUCGAUCGGUUCUCGCCCCAAGACUACCUUUAAAGAAUCUUCAUUGGAAAUCCCCAACUCGACCGGCUCGUUCUAUUGAAUCGCUGAAUAUCGACCUUGUUGUUUCCCACCCACCUGGCUCUUCCGACGAGAAACGGUCGUCCAAUGACUCUACGCCAGGCGUAGCUGCGCCUCAUAGACGACAUCAAAUCCCCGGCUUGCGACAGACUCCGUAUUUAAGGAUCUAUUUGCUGAAAUGUGAUGAUAAUGAGGUGUACAAAGCGUCGUCACGGAAAUUAUUAAGGGAUUGGAUCAAGACGCAUUCGUCGUCGCAGCAAACUAGCGGUGGAGGCCAGGACAACCAUGAUGCUUGCGAAUGGUUGAUACUGCAUGUCUUGCAGGAUGGGGACGUGCCGGAGAAGGCGGCAUCUAAAUGGCCUGGUCGAGGUUCCACUUCGGUGCUGGAGAAGGUCAAGGCAGAUUUCAAUGGGUCUUCGAAGACAGCCGUGGACCGAGUAGCGCAGAUACGUCUUCCUUCUAGGACGUUGAAACAGCACGACCAUGGCGAAUUCGUGGACCAACUCAACGAUCUGAUAGACAAGAUCAAACAGGCGAUCUUGACUUCUUUCGAUUUGCGUGUGACUCAGUAUGAAGAAGAUAUCCGUGAGAAAGACUCGCAACGGAGCUUACCCGGUUGGAAUUUUUGCACAUUUUUCAUCUUGAAAGAAGGGUUGGCGAGGGGUUUUGAGAAUGUUGGUUUGCUGGAAGAUGCUCUCGUCGCAUACGAUGAACUUGCAGCUGGGCUGGAAAGCGCUGUAACAGAUUAUCUGUUGGGCACGGGGGACCAACAUGGCGGCGGCUUUCUUGAUUACAGUUCUGACAGCAAAGAAGAGGCACUAAGUGCGUUAAAAGCUUCAAAACAGCAAAAUUCAGCGCAAGAUGACAAGGAUGAAGACUCCUGUGAGACAGAGACUGAUAUAUCACUGGACCUCGCCGAGGAGUACUUCCCUCUUGAUUCCUCAAAGAAACCCUACAGGGAGAUGAUCUUGGCGAACAACAUUUCUGUUUUUGAUUUCCGCGCCUAUGUCUUUUCACGACAAUUGAGCUUGUUGCUCAAAGCUGCCAAGGCACCAUUCUUACAAAGAAAACAAGAUUCGAAUCCGGCUGUUGUAGGUGCAGAUGAUCUUGCAUUACUUGCCGAAGUUUGCGAUAGAGCAAUGGAGUUCAUUAUUAUGGCUGCUAGGACUCUCCGAUAUGAUAUCGAACGCGCGUUGUCAGAAGGCUCAGAGGAAAUUGAUAAAGCGCAAAUGACAGCUGUUAUAGAUGACCUGGUCUCUUCAUGGACGUAUGCGGCGUCAUGUCAAGUAUUGUCUCAAACAUCCACCCCUUCACUUUCACUCCCUGAGUCUUCGUUACGACAGACGGGGAGCUCCUUAACUUCGUCUGCCGCUCCAGCGGACUCGAGAUCUAACAUUCCAAAACGAUCCAGCUCGUUGAUGACGGCUGGUACUGCCUCUGGAGGCAAACAAGGUCCAACAAACAAAACGGGUCUCGAAGACCUCGCUUCUGGCAGAGGUGAACUGUAUCAGUUAGGAAGAGGAGUUCUUGAAGAAAUGGGCAAGCGACGUGGUUGGGCUCAAAAGUGGGGAGAUCUUGGUCUGCUUUUCAACGAAUUCAAGGCCGCUGAAGACGAUAUGGAUGAUGUUCCGCUUGACGACAGUGACACCAACGGAAAGGCUGAAAAGGCUCAAGAUGCAACUACCGUUUCUUAUAACAACAACAUUUUUUCUUUGCCAGUAUUGCAACAUGCUUUAUUGUCAAGAAAAACCUUUUACGUUCUAUACGAAGUGUUUACAGAUUACAUGUUUCGCCAUUACAUUUCAGCCAACCAAAUCCGUUCCUCCAAAGCUGCAAUGACAGAUAUUGCAGUCCUCAGGUUUCGUCAAAAAGAUUACGAAAGUGCUGCAUUCUUCUUCCGGCAAGUAGCGCCGUUUUACGAAAGUAGCCAUUGGAUCUCAAUCGAAGGCGCGAUCUUGGAGCUGUACGCCCGAUGCUUGAAGGAGCUUGAUCGAAAUGAUGAAUACGUGCGCAGUAUGCUAAGGCUUUUGUCACAAUAUGCAUCAUAUACUGAAUCAGAUCUUUCGCCACGACAGAAAGCAUCACUCGCUGCAUCCGAUACAAGUUUCGAAAGUAAUGUUAGUCCAUACGUUGACGAGUUAUUGCAGGCUUCGAAGAGUCUUGCAAAAGAAGUGAAUAUUCCCUUCUCUAGCUUCUUUGGUGAUCUCGUGGUUGAUCCUGAGAUCAAGCAUUACGAGGACAAAGAUGGAUUUCAGAUGCACAUCAAAUUGCGGUGCUUAUUCGAUAAGGACAUUGUAGCGGAUUCGAUCAAGAUCAGGCUAGUUGGUGCAAUUGGGACACUUUCUAAUGAAGUUUGGCUGGAGAACACUAGAGAUAUUGUUAUCAAAUCGAAGACCUCGAUGCUGGCCAUUGAUUCUUCGACAACCUUGCAAGGUAAACUAUUCGUCGACCGUAUCGAGAUUCGAGUGCAGAAUCUUGUUUUCACACAUACUGGACAUGUCAGCUUGUCGGCUCUCCCUCCGGGCUUCAGGGACUCUGAACCGGCCGAAGCUGAGACUCGACCAUCCAUCUGGUGCUAUCCACCAGUUAAUGGACUUGAAGCAAGGCUUGUGGCGCCGCGUUCCAUCAACCUUGAGGAACUUCGAACGCUUGAAGUUGAAUUGGACAGCGGACGGAACAAUAUAUCAAAAGGGCUACUUCGGAUCCGCCCAGCGACUGCUGGUCUUCGUCUGAGGACUUCCGAGAUUGCUGUAAUCUCAGGGGACAUUGAAAUGACGCCGAACACGGACUCUGGAAGUAUUGAAUUUAUCAACCUUGAGCAAGAGACGUUGAUUCGUAUCCGAGUACCCUACACCGUUGAUGAAAAUCAUACUACGUUAUCAGCGAGACUAGAAGUCGCUUAUGAGACUGACGCAGGCCAUUUCACGUACAUAUCUUCCAGUUCGGUCGUAUCUACACUACCUAUAAGCGUCAACGUGCAAGACAUUUUCAGAGACGAUGUUCUCCUUUCUCGCUUUACAGUGAGCCCGGCAAUGCUAGUUCCACUUCGGAUUCUAGGCUGUGAUAUUCCCGACUCAGAUUUGUACGAGAUCGAAAGCGGUGUUAAGGGGCCUCUCUCCUUGGAUGUAUUCCCUAAGCAACCCGCUUCUAUAAUAUACAAAAUUAAGCCAAAGGGAAACCGAGCACCGGCUGCGAACUCGACAACAAAGCGAAAUUCUCUGCGACUAACAGUGCGAUAUACGUGCAUUGAUGAUGAGUGUCUUUUCUUAGUCAAGCAGAGGUUCAGUUCAGCUCUUGCGCAGAGCAAGUAUAAGCCCUUAACUCGGCUCUUGACGCCACAUAUUGUGGAUGCAUUCCGAGGGCAAUUGUCGACGUCGGAUAUGGAGAGUAUCGGUCUGUUAAGGGAGAUGGAUAUACUGUCGUAUAAAGAUGUGCAUUGGGACACGGUGUUGAAGGGGCUACGGGAGUCUCUUAGAGACGAAGUCCGCAGCUGGCUGGUCAAAUGGCACCGGGAGAAUUCCGUUUUGAGCCUACAAGAGGAUAACGAGUCUGAGCUCGCCCGCCAAAUCGUUAUUCCUGUUGAAGUUCCUGAAAUCCAGGUUGUUCAUACAGCGGAGUUGCGCCUAUUAACCACCGAUAACAAUGAAUUCACGCACGCAGCAGUCGGCCACAUGAUUCCCGCAGAACUCAUACUCCACCAUACACGAAGAUGGUGUUCGCAACAAACCGAAAAACCAGAAUCAGGAGAACAGCUCGAGUUCGCCUACGAACUACACGUCAACCAAGACCAAUGGCUCAUUGGUGGACGACGUAGAGGCCAUUUCACCGCGGCAGAGGACGAGGUUAGAAAUUUCGCUAUAAUGCUUUUGCCGCAAAAAGCGGGACAUUUGUUAUUACCAUCUAUUGAGAUUAAGACUUUCGUCCUUUGCUCUACCGCUACGGUUGUGGGGGCAAAUAUAUCCACAACGAUGUCGACUGGAGCUUCUUCCUCUGGCAACAGAACGAAUGCACCAGUAACAUCGCCGUCAGUCACGAGUCCAACGUCUGUCACUACACCAGCGACAGUGGCCGCAGCACCGUGGACACAACAACAGCGACGUCAAAUACCGAAUGAAGUGGAUUAUAAGAACCAUGCGGAGACGAUACUUGUGCUACCGGAUUUGCGGAAGACGACCGUGAGUCUGGAGUCUGGGAGUCCUGGAUUGAUUGAGUCUGAGUCUCGGAUUGCUGUAUAA